AUGAGCUACGAUCGUGCGAUUACCGUCUUCUCGCCGGAUGGCCACCUCUUUCAGGUGGAGUACGCGCAGGAGGCCGUGAAGAAGGGCUCCACGGCGGUGGGUGUCCGCGGCAAGGAGAUCGUCGUGCUGGCGGUGGAGAAGAAGAGCGUCGGGAAGCUGCAGGAGGACCGGACGGUGCGGAAGAUCUGCCUCCUCGAUGAGCACGUGAUGAUGGCCUUCGCCGGCCUCACCGCCGACGCCCGCAUCCUCAUCGACCGCGCCCGCGUCGAGUGCCAGUCGCACCGGCUGACGGUGGAGGACAAGGUCACCAUCGAGUACAUCACCCGCUACAUUGCCCAGCUGAAGCAGAAGUACACGCAGUCGAAUGGCCGCCGACCAUUUGGCAUCGCCAUCCUCAUCGCCGGCUUCGACGACGACGGCACGCCGCGUCUCUUUCAGACUGACCCCUCGGGCGUCUACCACAGCUGGAAGGCCAACGCCACCGGGCGCAACAACAAGUCGGUGCUGGAGUUCCUCGAGAAGAACUACAGCGAGGAGGCGACGGCCAGCAACGAGGCGACCAUCAAGCUGGCCAUCAAGGCCCUCCUCGAGGUGGUCCAGGGCAAGAACCUCGAGGUGACGGUGAUGGAGAAGGGCAAGCGUAUGCGCGUCCUCGCCCACGAGGAGAUCGACAAGUUCGUGACGCUGAUCGAGAAGGAGAAGGAGGAGGAGCAGGAGAAGAAGAAGGCCAAGAAAUAG